UGGCAGAUUCAGGUGAUCAUCGAACCCAGGCGGGUAAAUAUAAAUAUAAAUUGAUCAAAUCGAAUACAUAUACAACAUAUGAAACAGAUGAAGGUCUGCCACAAAAAUAUUCAAGUUCAUUAAAAAGGUUAUUUAAAUUAAAUGCCUCGUAUACACUUUAUCUUGUCUUAUUUGUAUUGUAAACGUAUGUUUGAGCCUACAACAUAUAUAUUUUUAUAUAUUUUAAAUAAUUCAUGAUAUACAUAAUGAUGAAUUAAGUCCCAUCCCACACCAACAUGUAGUCCAAUUUUCCAAAAAAAACAAAUUGAUAGUUUGAUAGUUACGCAAAACAACUAUUUUACGUAACUAUCAAACGUAAAAUAGCAAUUCCAAACCUAAACCUGGUGCUGUUCCUCCGGCGGUCACUAGGGGGAGACAGAGGACCGGGAGGAGACUAGAGCCGAGGAGGAGCGGAGGAGGAGAGGAGAGCCGAGGAGGAGCGGAGGUGGAGAGCGGUUCCUCUCCUGAAAGACCAGCCACAGAACCCCCCCAGCACCGCCGGCCAGCGGACCUCGCAGAGCGUUCUGUCCGGUCCGGGAUGGAGAAAGAACCGGACUCCUCGCGCCAACAGAACGGCUGGGUGGGGGCUGCGCUGCACGGGGAGUUCAGCGACCCGCUGGACCACCGGCUCCGGUACUCCGUGAGCCUGACGGAGAGCGCGCUGACCGUGCAGAUGAUCUCCUCGCAGCCCGCGCGCUCCAAGGCGGUGUUUCUAUUGGCGGACUGCGUGGGUUGCCACGCGUACCCAGAGCGGGAUGGAGACGGGGGGAACGUCGCGGCGGACCCGGGGCGGGACGGGGGGAACGGGGACGGGGGGGACGCCGGCGCGUACUUCGCGGUUUAUUUCUACCCGUUCCGCGGGCGGUGGAUGAGCGGGGGCUCCGCGCGCCAGAAGGUGGAGCAGGUCUUCCGGGUGGUCCCCUUACCGGACCCCGCCGCAAACCUGCGAGAGGCUCAGCGGUGGGCGCGUGCCAUCCGGGACGCGGCCGCAAAACAGAUCCCGCGACGGAACGGUGUGGUGUAUGCGCAGGUCCCUCGCCCCUGCAGGCUGAUGGUGCUGCUGAACCCCCAGAGUGGGCGGGGCCAGGCCAUGCAGCUCUUUACUGCCCAUGUGCAGAACAUGCUCAUUGAGGCCGGUGUCCCCUACACGCUGGUCAUCACCGAUCGCAGGAACCAUGCCCGUGAGGUGGUGAGGAAGGCCGACCUCCGCCAAUGGGACGCCCUGGUCAUCAUGUCGGGCGACGGCCUGCUAUUUGAGGUGAUCAACGGGCUGAUGGAGAGGGAGGACUGGCGGGAGGCCGUCCGGACCCCCCUGGGGAUCCUCCCCGGCGGCUCUGGGAACGCACUGGCCGCCUCCGUCCACCACUACUCCCAGGCCCCCCCGGCAUGGGGCGAGGAGCUGCUCCUCAGCUGCGGCUUCCUGCUGUGUAAGGGUCUGGUGAGCCCACUGGACCUGGUCUCCGUGCAGCUGCCGUCUCGCCGCCUCUUCUCCUUCCUGUCGCUGGCCUGGGGCUUCGUGGCCGACGUAGACCUGGAUAGCGAGCGCUACCGCACCGUGGGCGCCGUGCGCUUCCUGCUGGGCACGCUGCUGCGCCUGGCCUCGCUGCGGGUCUACCGCGGCCGGCUGGCCUUCCUGCCCCUGGAGGCGGAGCCAGAGGCCCCGCCCACCCCGCGCACCGCCCGCCGCUGGGCCCGGGCGCGGCCCACAGACCACGCCCAGGAACGGCCGUCCUUCUGCUCUAACCCCGCCUCCGCCCUGCGCUGUGGCUCCGCCCCCUCUGCCUCCCCCUCCCCCUCUGCCUCCCCCUCUCCCUCCCCCAACAACAACCGCUCUGAGCGCCGGCGGGGUCGGGUCCCCUCAAACCGUAACGCCGUCACUGCCGAGACCGACCAGACCGACAACCGGACCAGGACCCGGACUGAGACCCGUACCGACCCCCCGUCUGACCCCCCGUCUGACCCCCCGUCUGACCCCCAUGAUGACACCCUGACCGACCAGAAGACCAACAACCAGACAGACAACCAGACCAACCAACAGACAGACCACCAGAACCAGAACCACACCCACGCCCCUCCCGGCCCUAGCCCCGCCUCUAACCCUGCCCCUAACCCAAACCCUAGCCCCGCCCCUGACCCCGCCCCCAGGGGCCCCCUCCUGGACCCUCUGCUGCCCCCCCUGGGCCAGCCCCUGCCGGACUCCUGGAGGCGGGUGGAGCAGCAGGACUUCGUGCUGGUGUUGGCCAUGUUCCAGUCCCACCUGUCUGAGGAGCUGUGGGCGGCGCCGGGGGCCGCGCCAGACGACGGCCUCAUCCACCUCUUCUACGUGGGGGCGGGGGUCUCGCGGGCCGCGCUGCUCCGCCUCUUCCUGGCCAUGGAGCGGGGCGCCCACCUGGAGUGCGGUGUCCCCCACCUGGUGUACGAGCGGGUGCGCGCUCUGCGGCUGGAGCCCCUCUCCCCCCAGGGGACCAUCACCGUGGACGGGGAGCUGGUGGGGCCCGGGCCCCUGCAGGCCCAGGUCCACCCCGGGCUGGCCCGGCUGGUCUGUGGGUGAGGGGGGGGGGGGGGGGCUCGUGAACCAGGCGUUAGGGCCUCCUGAACCAGGGGGCACUCUUUCAGUGACUGUUUUCAGAAGCGUUGCCACGGAGACGUAAGCUGGUCAGAGACAGGGAGCGGAAGGUGGAGCCGCCCACCGAUGCCAAACCCUCCGUGGAGACGGACGGACGGGACACAAAGAACCAAUCAGUGGCACCGCCCGUUGCUAUAGAAACACUUUGUUAAAGGAAGUGCCAAAGAUGCGAUGCUGUUCGCCUUUGGAAACGUUGAUCUCUAUUUUUCUAAAGAAGGGACUUCUAUUUUUGUACCGCCUGGUCCCUGGUCUCUCCUGUGUGUGUGUGUGUGUGUGUGUGUGUGUGUGUGUGUGUGUGUGUGUGUGUGUGGAGCGAAGGGCUGUGUUUCAUAGGGGGUUGGGGUGUGCGUUGCGUGCAUUAUUGGGUAUAUGUGUUAACAUGCUUGCGCUUUUUCAUUCACUAGUAACUGGUGUGCAUGGAUGAGUGUAUUGGUGUGUGUGUGUGCACGUGUGCGUGUGUGUGUUAGUUUGUGCGUGGGCAUUUCUGUGACUAUGGGUUUUUGUUACUGUGUGUGUGUGUGUGUUUGUGCAGACGUGUGCGGUAUAGUGUGUUACAGUGUGUGUGUGCUACUAUGUUUGUCUGUGUGGGUAGUACAGUGUGUUACUGUGUGUGUGUGUAUGUCUAGCUGUGCUACUAUGUAUGUGUCUGUGUAUGAGUGUGUGUGUAGUAGAGUUUGUUACUGUGUGUGUUCAUUCAAGCUGGCCAAUAGGAGCGUAGUUAGAGAGGAUACAGGAAGUGGUUGUUCUGCAGUGCGGUGGUCCCACGAGGGGGGGAGCUAUCCAAAGGGGGGGAGGGGGCCGGUGUACUGCUCUAUCGGGGAGAGAGGGGGAGAGUGUUCUGCUCUAUGGGGGAGAGGGGAGAUGUUUUCCUCUUAUAUGUUAUGCUUAUCUGGGCCGACAGCAGAACAUGCAAUGUAGUGCUCUGCAAGGAACCACACACACACACACACACACACACACACACACACACACACACACACACACACACACACACACACACACACACACACACACACACACACACACACACACACACACAUCGCUGCAGCACUUACCGGGGGAGGGUCUGUGUCGGUCAACAUGAUCCCCCUCUUCCAACCGUGAUUAUACUCGCUCACUCUCUCACUUUCUCACUCCUCACUGUUUCCCUCUCUCUCUCUCUGCCCUCUCACAAUUAUUCUCGUUCAGAGUGUGAGAGUGAGAGAGGCUUUCCAGCUUUCUCUGUUCCUUCUGCCCUCUCUGCUCUCUCCCUCUCUCUCUCUCUCUCUCUCUCUCUCUCUCU